AAGUCCAGGUUCCCCGCCCCCUCGCCCGGCCCGGCGCCCACUAGCCACAGGCCCCGCUUCCCCCUGGAGAUCAGCGCGCACUUCCCGAGCCCUCGUAGCACUCAGAGGUCGCACCCCACUCCUGGGAUGCCUAGGGGGCGCCUCCUGGCCGGGUGUCCUGGGACCCUGCGAACGCAGGAGCAGAAUGACGAAGGUGACGAAAGAGAUGACGACACGCCGCCUGCCAGGCCGCGGCCGGCAGUGGAGAGCGUCCGCAAACCGCACCCGGCCAGUACAGGUGCUGCGGAUGGCAAUCCUGCUGUCCUACUGCUCUAUCCUGUGUAACUACAAGGCCAUCGAAAUGCCCUCGCACCAGACCUACGGAGGGAGCUGGAAAUUCCUGACGUUCAUUGAUCUGGUUAUCCAGGCUGUCUUUUUUGGCAUCUGUGUGCUGACUGAUCUUUCCAGUCUUCUGACUCGAGGAAGUGGGAACCAGGAGCAAGAGAGGCAGCUCAAGAAGCUCAUCUCUCUCCGGGACUGGAUGUUAGCUGUGUUGGCCUUUCCUGUUGGGGUUUUUGUUGUAGCAGUGUUCUGGAUCAUUUAUGCUUAUGACAGAGAGAUGAUAUACCCGAAGCUGCUGGAUAAUUUUAUCCCAGGGUGGCUGAAUCACGGAAUGCACACGACGGUUCUGCCCUUUAUAUUAAUUGAGAUGAGGACAUCGCACCAUCAGUAUCCCAGCAGGAGCAGCGGACUCACCGCCAUAUGUACCUUCUCUGUUGGCUAUAUAUUAUGGGUGUGCUGGGUGCAUCAUGUAACUGGCAUGUGGGUGUACCCUUUCCUGGAACACAUUGGCCCAGGAGCCAGAAUCAUCUUCUUUGGGUCUACAACCAUCCUAAUGAACUUCCUGUACCUGCUGGGAGAAGUUCUGAACAGCUAUAUCUGGGAUACACAGAAAAGUAUGGAAGAAGAGAAAGAAAAGCCUAAAUUGGAAUGAGAUCCAAGUCUAAACGCAAGAGCUAGAUUGAGCUGCCAUUGAAGACUCCUUCCCCUCGGGCAUUGACAGUGGGGGAGAAAAGGCUUCAAAGGAACUUGGUGGCAUCAGCACCCCCCUCCCCCAAUGAGGACACCUUUUAUAUAUAAAUAUGUAUAAACAUAGAAUACAGUUGUUUCCAAAAGAACUCACCCUCACUGUGUGUUAAAGAAUUCUUCCCAAAGUCAUUAUUGAUAAUAACAUUUUUUCCUUUUCUAGUUUUAAAACCAAAAUUGGACCUUGGAUUUUUAUUUUGGCAAUUGUAACUCCAUCUAAUCAAGAAAGAAUAAAAGUUUAUUGCACUUCUUUUUGAGAACUAUGUUAAAGUCAAAGGGGCAGAUAUAGAGUAAGGCUUUUGUGUAUUUAGUCCUAAAGGUGGCUAUAAUCAUGAACCUAGGCCAUCAUGGGGACCUGAGAGGGAAGGGGACAGAUGUUUCUCAUUGCAUAAUGUCACAGUUGCCUCAGAUGAGCACCAUUUGUAAUAAUGAUGUCAAUUUCAUGAAAAGCCUGAGUGUAUUGCAUCUCUUGAUUUAAUCAUGUGAAACUUUUCCUAGAUGCAAAUUCUGACUAAUAAAGACAAAGCCACCCUGAA